GACCCUAGCGCGUAAUGGCCGCUGGCUAUCUUGGGGGAGCCUGCUGUUGGACUAUGCCCCACUGCCAGGAAAUAGGCGCCAGAAGGUUCUCCAACAAGAUCCCGCUUUACUAAGGCGGUAAAGGAGUUCACAGGUCUGGAAGGGGCUGUGGGAGAAGCGGGGCAGCGCUGAGCCAUGCUCAUGAACUGUGGAUUUGUGAGGAGACCCAGUUUCGUGGCACCACAGAGGCGCCCGCACUGGAAGGUGGUCUUGGGACCGACCGAAAACUACAAUUCCCAGCAUUCCUGAGGGGCCAGAACUACCUUUCCCUAAAGCCUGUGAGAGAGUAAACCGGUCUUCCGCCUCCCGCCCACCGGAAAACUCUGAGGACAUGAGUCGUCGCCGGGCUUGGCGGUUCUUGCUUUCCCAAGGCAGCGAGGAUCGUUGGGUUUCAAGCCCCCGCGGGCAUUUCUCGCCGGCCCUGCGGAGAGGUGAGGCAAGGCGUCGUGUCAUAGAUGCCUGAGUGCUCUCUAGGGAGACGACGACCGAGGGUCGCGCCUGCUCUAGCGAACCCGAGAAGCUGCCACGCCCUCCUCCCCUACUCACGCCUUGUGCUGGCAACGCCACUGCCGGCUGCCCCAACUUGCCCAGCUCGCCCCAAGGGGCGAGGACUGAGGAAAGCACCGCCUUUGUCUUCUUAGAGCGAGCCUUUGAAGGCCUGGGCUUCGCGUCCGGCUUCUUUCUCAGCCCAUGUUUCCCUUUUUUGAAGCUUGUAGGUUUGUCAGGAGCCAGAGUAAGACUUCUUCACUACCACAACCAAAGAGGGAUAUGAUAGGCGGCCAGUGGACAUAACUCCUUUAGAACAAAGGAAAUUAACUUUUGAUACCCAUGCAUUGGUUCAGGACUUGGAAACUCAUGGAUUUGACAAAACACAAGCAGAAACAAUUGUAUCAGCAUUAACUACUUUAUCAAAUGUCAGCCUGGAUACUAUCUAUAAAGAAAUGGUCACUCAAGCUCAACAGGAAAUAACAGUACAACAGCUAAUGGCUCAUUUGGACUCUAUCAGGAAAGACAUGGUCAUCCUAGAGAAAAGUGAAUUCGCAAAUCUGAGAGCUGAGAAUGAGAAAAUGAAAAUUGAACUAGACCAAGUUAAGCAACAACUAAUGCAUGAAACCAGUCGAAUCAGAGCAGAUAAUAAACUGGAUAUCAACCUAGAAAGGAGCAGAGUAACAGAUAUGUUUACAGAUCAAGAAAAGCAACUUAUGGAAGCAACUACAGAAUUUACAAAAAAGGAUACCCAAACCAAAAGUAUUAUUUCAGAGACCAGUAAUAAAAUUGAUGCUGAAAUUGCUUCCUUAAAAACACUGAUGGAGUCUAACAAACUUGAGACCAUUCGUUAUCUUGCAGCCUCAGUGUUUACUUGCCUGGCAAUAGCAUUGGGAUUUUAUAGAUUCUGGAAGUAGUAUUAAUGCUCGUACUGCUGCGGCUAUUGGCUUCUUAGAACACCAAACCAAGAGACAUUUACUUUGAACAUUGUCAGUUGCAGCAAAACUUUACUACACAAGUUUAUUCAAAGUAUACAUGGACUAAAAGAGGAAGGGUUUUAGAAUGAGAAGACAUAUUUUGUCUUUAUUAUGUGUGUGUCUUUAUUAUAUUGAAAAGCUGUCAUUCAAACCUGGUUUGAGAUAGAAGAGCAUUUUGUCCUUUUGAUAAUUCAUAGAAAUUGAACCAGUUUUCUUGUGUUUGCUUGAACAAUUGUGUAAAUCAUACAGGAUUUUGUUGGUAUUGGCUGCAUAUUUGAAAACUAUUCCCUAGCCUACAUACUUAUUACUGAAAUAACUUUCCUGAUAACCAUUACAUAAUUACAUUUUUCUAUAAAAUAAAAGAUUAUUAAA